AUGGAUACUUAUGAAGCUACUAAAGUAGUGAUGUCAAGGAUCCAAGCCCUGGAUCCGGAUAAUGCUUCCAAAAUCAUGGGUUUUGUUCUGCUCCAAGACCUCGGCGAGAAGGAGAUGAUUAGGCUCGCGUUCGGGCCCGAAGCCCUCUUGCACUCCCACAUCAGCCGGGCCAAGGCUUGUUUGGGGAUCCAUGCCUUAAACCCUUCCACCCCCAGCAGCCCCUUUCCCCGGACCUCGCCCAGGGUCGUCAUACCCGCCGGCGGCGGCGGCGGUAGCAACCCUUCCUCGCCCGCCGCCGCCUUCCAGAGAGCAAGCCCGAGGCCGUUCUCAUACGCCGCCGCGCUCAAUAGCGCCGCCAAUAAUGGCAUUAGCAGCGGCAGUAGUAGCAGCGGUAGCGGCGGUUUGGGCUACGAAUACGGCAAUCGAUUUCCGUUUAUGGAUGAUUCGCUGGUGGAUCCGGUUAUGAGCCCCAGCGGGAGGAGCGAUUCGCUGCUUUUCCCCUACGGUGAGGACGCGGGCGGCGCCCAAUCCCCACACCAGUUUCACAGACGGAGCUGCUCGGUGAACGACGCUGCGUUUCUUGCUAAUCUCGAGGAAGGGGGCGGCGGCGCCGGCAAUGGUUGGAGGCCCUGCAUGUAUUUCGCUCGGGGGUUCUGCAAAAAUGGCGGUUUGUGUAAAUUCUCGCACGGCGAAUUUGGGGAAGGGAUUGAGGUGGGGUCGCCGAGCAAGGGUGUCUCAGGUUUUGACGAGAUUUUGAGGAUAAAAGCCCUCCAGCAGCAGAGGCUCGCCGCCGUGGCCUCCGCCGGAGGAAACCAUCCUUUUGGCUACAGCAAGUGCAUGGACUUGCUGAAUGAGAGUCCCAGAUUUGACAGAAGCGAAUUUUCCCAAAUGUUAGCUGGUAGUUUGAACUCGAGCUCCCGGCAAAUUUACUUGACAUUUCCAGCUGAGAGCACGUUCAAGGAAGAAGAUGUCUCUAAUUACUUCAGUAUGUUUGGACCAGUGCAAGAUGUAAGGAUUCCAUAUCAGCAAAAAAGAAUGUUUGGUUUCGUGACGUUUGCAUAUGCGGAGACUGUUAAGCUCAUUUUGGCCAAAGGCAAUCCGCAUUUUGUGUGCGAUUCUCGUGUUCUUGUCAAACCCUACAAGGAGAAAGGAAAAAUUCCAGACAAGAAGCACCAACAGCACUUGGAGAGGGGAGAUUAUUCGGCUUGCUUAAGCCCUUCUGCACUUGAUUCUAGAGACCACAUGGACCUCCCAUUUGGAUCAAGAAUGGCAUUCAACUCACAAGAAGUGUUGCUGAGGAGGAAAUUGGAGCAGGAGGCCGAAUUACAGAAUGCCAUUGAACGCCAAGGUCGGAGGAUAAUGAGUUUACAACUUAUGGACUUGAAAAAUCAGCACAAAAAUCAUCACUUUCUGCCGGGCCUUCAGUCUUCUGGCAUCCCAAUCUCCUCCCCUAGACAGGCCCAGCUAUUAAUGAAUGAGAACUUCAACCUUUCUUCUGAUGAUGCUAAUCUAGAAAAUUCUGAAGAUCUUGAUGGUGGCCGGGAAGCAGCUAGAUAUUCUCCAAUUGCUACCGAUCAAAAGCUGUUGCUUGAAGGAGUUGAAUGUAAUAAGCAGCAGGGUUCGAAUAAUGCUGACUCUGUUCUCCCUGAAAGCUUGGAGCUUAUUCUUCCGGAUAAUCUUUUUGCUUCGCCUACAAAAUUAGCAGCCGAGCAUAACUCUAUUUUCUCUCAAGCUUCAGCUUCUUCUAUGGAUGAUAACAUACCUGUAACAAUAUCAGCCUCUAACAAUAUAGCUUCUCUCAAAUCAUGUUAUCUUCAAAUGCCAAGACACGCAAAAAACGACUCGACACCUGGAGACGACCCGUCAAAGGAAAGAAACCCAACCCAAAAAAAAGAACCCAAAAACUCCGGCAAUCGGCUAGCUGGACCCUUCACCGAACCAAACUCCUUACCCGACCGGGCCACCCCCAGAACAGCAACCAGAGCACCUCCCUCUUACCCCGUAGACCCAAGCCACCCUCGGCUCGGCACCCACACCCGCAGCCUCACCAACCAAAUUCCACAACUCAUGCACAGGCCGCGUACUGAAAACUGGAGAAGAGAGCCACACCCCACCCCGACCAACUCAACGGAGAAGGCCAGGGUCAGUCGAGCUCCCAUGCCACGACUUUGUCAACACCUCCACCAUCGAGUAGACAACCUGAGAGCUCGGCGAGACCCUACAGCAGAGAGGGAUAGCCGGCGCUUGACAUGGAUAGCCGUUCGGCCCGAUCGGCGCCGCAGCGCCGCUGAAGGCGCGAUAGGAGGAGGCGGAGAUGGAAGACUUAGGGUUUUUGCUGGAUUUGAGGAAAAGGAAAAAUGA